AGGAAAAGCAAUCGGGAAAUGUUAACAAUAAGCUAACCGAAAAACUGCGAAAACAAACAGCUAAUUACAGAGCCUUCCAGCGUACCAUAUCGAACAUCGACGUAGGUAUUUUAUUAGAACAUUGGGAACUUGAAGAUGCGAUCAAAACAUUGGAAUCACGCUGGAAAAUCAUAGACUGUCUUCACUGGGAGAUUGAAAGUGAAUUGGAAGCCGAAGGUAAAGAAGAGUUGGAACUACUGUACGAUAAAUACGAAAAGCAAUACCUCCGUUUGAAGAAGUCUAUUAACUCUAAAAUGUGGUCGGAAAAACAUAGAGACAAAACAACACCUAACUUAGAAGUACCAACAUUCAACGGCAGUUACAACCAAUGGGUGUCCUUUAAGGAUUUAUUUUCGGAAGCUAUCCACAACAAUCCUUCACUAUCUAAGGCGCAAAAAAUGCAGUUUCUGAAGAGUAAGAUUCGAGGAGAAGCUGAGCGUCUCAUCCAACACUUGCCGAUUAGUUCGGACAACUACACAGUUUGCUGGGAUAUCCUUAACCGCCGUUACAACAACAAAAAGCUUAUAUUUACAUCUCACAUCAACAUGUUACUAGAUUUACCAGUUUUAAAACAUCAAGCAUUAGCGCCAAUCAAGAAGAUGCAUGACGUCACUCAAGAGUGCCUUAAUGCAAUAACAAACCUGGGUGUGGACAUAUCCACCUGGGACCCUUUACUUGUACAUCUUUUGGAUCAAAAGUUAGAUGUUGACUCCCAUUCCGAGUACAUAGACUCGUUGAAAGAUCGCCGUGAGUUACCGGUUCUCAAAGAUUUUUUAGACUUUUUGGAAAAAAAGUUUACUGCACUAGAGUCAUCUCGUCGCAAGAGCGAAACCUUGCCACAGAAAUUUGGCAAUCAAUAUUCUCAACAAAAUCCAUCAACAUCAUAUGGAAAAUUACCUUACCAUCGAGCAAACAAUUAUUUUAAUUACAACAAGGGAAGCGCAGACAAACAAGUUAUUACGAAAUCAACAUGCAACAUAACUACAAUAAAAUGCCCAUUAUGCAACAACGGCCACGGACUUUAUAACUGCAAAAGAUUCUUGGAAAUGUCCAGUGAACAGAAAUUAAAAACAGUGAAGGAAUUAAAAGUCUGCAUGAAUUGUUUAUUUAGUCAUAAUGGCAAUCCAUGUAAAUCACCUCAAACAUGUAGAAAAUGCUCGAAGAAACAUAAUACCAUUAUUCACGAUGCCUGCAAUAUUGGGUACAACACAUCGACUACAAAUGUAGCAAAACAAAAUGAAAUUCAAAACCCUCACGUGCGUCAAAGUAAUGAAAAUGACUUAUCAGCCGAGGUUUUGUUGUCAACCGCUAUGCUGAAGGUUAAGGGUACUGAUGGAACUUAUCAUGAUAUGAGAGCGUUAAUAGACCAAGGAUCGCAAGUUUCCUUAAUAACAGAAAGGGCGGCGCAACAGUUAAAUCUGAAAAGACAACAUUGCAAAGGAACGGUUAUUGGCGUUGGAGAAAAGGAAAAUAGUGGAAAAGGGUUACUAAACAUUCAUUGCCGCUCGAUCUACAGUGACUACGAGUUUCGAACUGACGUCAUUAUUAUGAACAGCUUGAUUGGAAACUUACCCAACAAAACAUUCAAAAAGCCAAACUGGAACAUUAUUGAAAACAUAUCCCUUGCGGAUCCCGAUUUCUACAUUAGUCGACCCAUUGACAUUUUGCUUGGAGCAGAUGUUUAUUCUUUAAUUCUUUUAAGUGGCAUGAUAAAAGGGGACGAAUCAACUCAGCCCGUCGUACAACAAACAAAACUUGGUUGGUUGCUAUGUGGAACCGCCAAAACAUACCAGUGCAACAUAGUGCAUAACAUUGAACAGAUACAAAAAUUUUGGGAAAUAGAAGAGAUCAGUGAGCAGUCUCCUUUAUCAGUACAAGAUCAACAAUGCAUAACAUUUUACAACGAAACUACAACACGAAAAGAAGAUGGACGCUAUGUCGUCAGGUUACCGUUAAAGGAAGACAUAACAAGUAAACUUGGGUCUUCUAAACAAACUGCACUGGCACAAUUUCGAACCUUGGAAAACAAAUUUAAAAGGCAACCAAAAUUGGCUCAGGACUAUAAGAACUUCAUGAAUGAAUAUAAAACAAUGGAACAUAUGAUACCGACAACAAUUAGUAACCAGACACCUGAGUAUUAUUUGCCGCAUCAUGGAGUUGAGCGUGUCGAUUCUUUAACAACACAAUACAGGGUGGUAUUUAAUGGUUCUCAUAAAACAAAUACAGGGUACAGUUUGAAUGAUCUCAUGCAUACCGGCCCUAAUUUACAAAUUGAUCUACAAACACUUCUUUUAAAAUGGAGACAGUAUAAAUAUGCUUUUACGAGUGAUAUUGAGAAGAUGUUUCGUUUUAUAGCAGUAGAUGAAAGAGAUCAAAAGUAUCAGAAAAUAUUUUGGAGAGAGUCUCUAGAACAUCCUAUUCAAACAUUUUGCUUAACAACUGUCACAUAUGGAACCCGCGCCGCUCCAUUUCUGGCAAUAAUGACUUUAAGAAAACUAGCAGCCGAUGAACGUGAAACAUACCCAGAAGCCUCAAAAGUUGUCGAAUCAGCAUUUUAUAUGGAUGACCUUGUACAUGGGACAAACACAAUUGAAGAUGGCAAACAGUUAAUCUCGGAUUUGAACGCACUAAUGAAACUAGGUGGUUUUAACUUAAGGAAGUGGUCGUCGAAUGAGAAAAAGCUACUGGAUAACAUUAAGAAGGACGGAAACAAAUCAAACAAUGAAGUAUUUACAUUUAAAACAGAAAACAUUUCGAAAACAUUGGGCUUAUGUUGGAACUCAACAGAAGAUAAAUUAACAUUUCAGUACAACACAAACAAACCUAAAGACAACACCAGAAUAACAAAACGAACACUGUUAUCGGAGAUCUCAAAGGUCUUCGAUCCGCUAGGUUGGAUGGCACCUUUAUCAACCAAACUUAAACUGUUGUUUCAAAGGGUUUGGAAGAAAAACAUGAAAUGGGACGAUGAAGUGCCAAUUGAAAUUCAGAAGGAGUGGAUCAAGAUUAAAAGCGAGCUCGGCGCAAUUAAUCAAUAUGAGGUACCAAGAUGGAUACGCAGUCGCAAGGAAGAUAUCAUAGAACUACAUGGCUUCUGCGAUGCGUCUCUUGUAGCCUUUGCUUGUGUCUUAUACGCACGAGUCAACGACGAAACAGAGCCAGUGCUAUUGGCCGCAAAAACAAAACUGGUACCUCACAAAAAAGCAGUAACAUUACCCAGAUUAGAGUUGAGUGGAGCACAUUUAUUAGCAAAACUUAUGAAGAAAACACAGGAUGCACUUUCGGAACAUAAAACACAAAUAUAUGGUUGGACGGACUCAAUGGUCGUGCUUGGAUGGAUACAGGGCGAACCAACUCGAUGGAAAACAUUCGUCGCCAACCGAGUGCAACAAAUAGUUGAAACAAUACCGAGCACAUGCUGGCGUUAUGUAAAGUCGGGCGAAAACCCAGCCGAUGUAGCGAGUCGGGGUUUAUACGCACAACAAUUAAGAGACAACAUUUUAUGGUGGCACGGGCCCUCAUGGCUCACAACAUUCGAAAAUCAAGAACAAGAGACCCCAACCUACACAACAGAAGAAGAAGUAAGGUUAAAUAAAUCAUGUACUGUUAAAGAACAAGAAGAAAACAUUAUUGAAACAUUAUUGCAUAAACACAGCUCAUUCAAUAAAGUAAACAGAAUAAUUGCAUGGUUGUUACGUGCAUUUGCACCCUAA